AAAAAAUAACCGCUAAUGAAGAAGUAAUCAGUAACGUAUUAAAAUUAUCAGUUGGUUACCCAAUGAUGCAGAGAUAAUGUGAAAAAGAUAGAUUCAUUAGAUAGUAUUAGAAAGAAAUAAUUAUUACAAAACCACCACGACUGAUGCAGUGUUUGUUUUAUCAUCUUUGGCUUUGAUAUGAGGCAUAAUUGACAAACUGCUUAGCGGCAGGCUGCGCGUGUUUUGUACGCGACAACCACGCGUAAUAAAUAAAACGCAUGGACACCGAUGAAUCGCGCCAUUUUUAGUUAACGAACCGGCUCGUACUAUCGUGCGAAAAUGCUUAGGUGCAUAAAUAUUGUAAACUUUUUACACAAAGAAAAGUUAGACUUAAUUUUUAGUGGGAAUGUGUUUCGGAAAAGUGAUAAUUUAUUAAAAGUGCGCCUUUGGAUCUACUGUUUGGCCCUGAUACACCUAGCUGUCGUCUCCUCGAAGUUAUUGUUCAUAGACUUUACGAAAGCGGAAGAUCCUAGCUUGUGGGUGUAUGAGAGUGUGCGGUGGAAACUUAUAACAUGUUGGUUUAAUCUGUUAUCUUUUAUAUAUUUGCCAGUUUGCAUCUAUUGUGAAGUGAAGGAGCUGCUUGGAGAAAAUGGGGAACCACAAGUCAAAUGGUUAAACAACUUCCGGUUUCUAAUUUUUACCAGCAUCCUAUUGCCUACAACCACUUUUGCCGACAUACUUUUCUGGCGUUUAUGGAUGAAAGACAGGGAGCUACUUGCCCCAGCGUCCAUUGACAGCUUUGUACCAUUCUGGUCACAGCACAGCAUGCAUACCGUGACAUUGGUGGUCACCAUGUUGGACAUGGUGAUGUUGCCGAGGGCAAGGCCAAAGAGUUUCGUGCCCGGAUUGAGCUUAAUGACAUUCUUCGUGCUUGCCUACUCAUUUAUGUGCGUCGAAAGCUAUGUCAGAGGGGAAUACAUAUAUCCUGUCUUCAAAUUCUUCGAUGGAUUCAAAAUGUCGGUUUUAAUGUUUUACGUUUUGAUUGAGCAUUUAUUUUAUUAUUUUGGUCAGUUUAUUGUGUAUGAUUUAAUAUGGGCUAGAUACUGGAAAGAAAGUAUUCAAAAGCUAUGAAGUUAGCUACCUUUUAUUAUUUUAUAAGCUGCUGAAAAUAGCAAAUACUUGCCAACACAGCCUCACUAUUAGGCUUGAAAUUAUUUGUAUCUCUAAAAAAUUAAAAUUAUAUCUAACACUUAAAUUUUUAGAAAAUCAUUUAAAUAUAUCUUAUCAUAGAUACCUGUGCAUACAUAUGUGCAUGUUAAAUAGAUCAAGUUGAUGGUCUCUUUAUUAUGAGAAUGAGUUAAAACUUUUAAUAUUAUCAUGAUUCAGUGCAUGCAAUUUGCGAUUUUUCUCUCGGUUGACUAGAACACUUAUU